CUUGAAUAAGAGUGUCACUUUAAAUCGCAUGUUUAAACCGUUUAAACUUCGUGAAUCGAUCAAAGGUUAUAUAUGUACAUGCGCAGUAGAUGAAAUGAAUUGACUUCCUUGUUGGUUUUCAAGAUCAACAAGAUAAAGAUGGAGGUACCCGGAAAGAAGCGUGACCCUGACCAUGACAAGGGUUCCGCUGACGCCACGGUCUACUGCCAGCCGUGUGGAGAAGGCGGUAAACGCGUUGUGGCUCAGGGCUUCUGUCAGACCUGCGAGGAGUACAUGUGCGCUCCUUGUGUCGAAUAUCAUAAGAGAUUGAAGAUGUCCAGGAACCAUAGGUUGCUGUCCAAAAAUAAGAUGCCCUCCUUCUACCCGUCAACGAAGAAAUCAGCUAUCGCCGACACGGAUUAUUGUAACCACCACCCGAAGGAGAUGAUCAAGUUUUAUUGCCCGACCCACAGAGCCCUUGGCUGUGGUGAUUGUGUCGUACUCGACCAUCGCAGCUGUAAAGUUGAAUAUAUCCCUGAUGUGGCUACAGAUUUCGUCACUGGAAAAGAAUUCAGAGAGCUGGAGCCAUCGAUUAAACGAGCUGAAGAUCUUUUAUCCGGGUUCAUUAGUAACGUCAAGGAGCUUUUUGGUGAUGUUAAAAUCCAGUCUAAGGUUGAGAUAGAUAAACUAAGGAAGUUCCGUGCAGAAAUAAACACUUACCUGGACAGGCGUGAGAAGGAGUUGCUCGACAACAUCGAGAAAGUGAAGACCGAAGAUGAGAACGUGCUGACUGCACUUAAGACCGAUUGUGAGUUGAUGAAAACCGGACUUGAGGCCAUGAGGACGGAACUGACUUCCGGUGACGUUUCGGUGAACCAGCUGUACGUUACGGCAAGGCGAUGCCGUAAGGAGCAACGGGGAAUGUAUAACAGUAUUAAGAAGAUGGUUGAUAGGAUGAACGCCCGGAAGUACCAGUUUACUAAGGACGCGGAUACGGAGCGGCUACUAGGAUCGAACAUGGGCCUUGGAACACUUGACGUUGCGGGAGAGUUUCGAAAGAAUAUUCCAGUUCCUGGCCUCUCUACUGUCACAUGGAAGAAUAAAGCAGACAUCAACGUCACAGUGCCACAGGACCAGAACACCUGCUAUAUUUCUAGCCUCGCUCUGCUCUCUCCUGGACUCUUCCUCCUGGCUGACUUUCAUAACAACUGUGCCAAACUUGUGGUCUUCACCACCCGCACCGUCAGGUCCCGCCUCCAGCUGCCAGGCCAGCCCUGGGACGCGUGUGUGCUCCCUGAUGACCAGGCCGCAGUCACUCUCCCGGAUAAGUCCAUGAUACAACUGCUGUCUACGAAAGAAGGGCAGUUCUCGCGUGGAAAGGAAAUUAAAAUAGCAUUUGUGUGUUGUGGUAUUGCUUACUUCAACAAUAGACUUUACGUUUCUAACGUAUCCAAACCGCGUAUUGAAGUGAUGACAUUGGAUGGUCAUAUUAUCAGUACAUAUCAAUCAGGUGAUGGAAGACAACUUUUCGAAUGUCCAAACUACCUGACUGUGUCAGUAUCCACACCACCGAUCCUUUACGUGUCUGAUGAUGAUGCAAAAACCGUCCUCCAGCUAUCUCUAGACGGGAAGGUCCUACGAGAGUACAGUGACAAGAAGCUCAAGCAUCCCGCGUCCGUGGUGGCAGUAGGUCCGGGUCAGCUGCUCGUGUGUGGAAGAAAUAGCCACAACGUGAUGCUGCUGACAAAAAGGGACGGCAAGAUGGUGAGAAUACUGGGACGGAAGGACGGACUGACCAGUCCCUACUCUGCGUCCUUCUGUCCCCACACACGUACACUAGUUGUCGGGAUGUACAAGAAUGACUCAUUGAAGGUGUUUAAUGUAAACUGACAGUGUUUCUUCCUUAGUCGUGAUUGCUAUUUUUUAGGAAGAAAUUACCAUGCAUUAAAUAAUCGUUAAACGACUGAAAAGUAAAUGCAAAAACAUUUAUUUUACAAUUUCAUUUUGCGGUUUUGAUAUAUUUUUUGUAACCUUGUGUUAUCAAAUUGAAUAACCAUUUAUAUUAAAUGACAUGUACAAUGUAUCGAAUAAAUAUUAAGUGUAUUUUGCAGUUAUGUUUAGCAAGAAAUAGAAAAACAAAUUGGUGUAAAUAUUGCAGUAUUAUCAUAAUAUUGUUUCAAGUAACUAUAAAGGAUGUUUUCAAUGGAAAUUUCCAAGUGUAAAUCCAGCUUCCAUUUGAAUAGAAAAAAUGAUAAAAUGAUUGUAUACCUUCAAAUUUAAGGUAUCUAAUAAAAUGAAUUUUCGUUUUUUGAGUAUUUACGUAUCUUGAGACGCAAAAGUGAUAUUGCCUUUUUAUCAAAAUUGUAUGUAAUAUUUCUUCAUUUAACCAUGUU